CAUCCUCCCCUUCACGCCUAAUGUUGCCGUACCUCCAUCCCUCCCCCCGCAUCAGAGGAGUAGAAACAACAAGCCGCCAUUUUGUUUGUGCGGACUGACCGUCCGAGCGGAGGAGAUAACCGAAGGAAGGAGUGACUCCGGCGACCAGAGACAGCCGCUCCGAGAACCGCCGGCUGGAAUUCAACCUAGCCAAAUCCCGUCCGUGUUCUAAGAGGAAAAAAGACGUCACCGGGAAAGAAAAGGCGGCUGUGGCGAGCUAGCGGGAGUCGGUGAUAUAUAUACAUUCAUAAACGAGAAGGAAGGAAAUACUCCGGGAAAAAAAAAAUCCACGGAAGGGGGUGUUUCGCCGAGACGCGGAAGACUGCUACAUAUCAUAAACGUGCGAGGGAAUUUACGGGAAAAAAGGUGCAAGAUAAACAUGAAAAACAAGAAUGCGUGCGUCGCUGAGGAAGGAAAGAGCCCACAUAGACAAUUAUAUAAAUAAAUUGCUGCCGGGCAGGAGGGAGAGGUGGAAAGAACAGGUUUAAAGAGAGGACAAAUAUUCAGGAUCUUCGCGAAGGGGGAGCAUUCUCCAUCACAAAGAGUCAACGAGGGGUUAUAAGCCCCUAUUAUUUUCAUUCAUGGGCAGAUGUGGACCUUUCUGCUUGUGAAAUAGCCAUAAUUUUCUCAGCGAGUCACUGUUUGUCAGAUUAUUUAAAAAAAAAAUCUCUCUUCAUCUUCUGGUGGACAAGCAAAGACAUCACCGAGAGAAGUGAGUGGCAAUUUUGCUCUCAAGCGUUUUGACGUGAAGAUGCUCAUCUUGGAGCGCGAGAUAAGUGAUCGUGCGUAAAAAUCAAACUCGGCUAAUUGGAUCAAUCUGACUGGCCGCUGGUUGGCAAUUAGCACCUCGGUUUGCUCUCCGGAAUUGUGCUAUAGCUACGAAUAAAGUCUACUUCGGAAUCGUUUGUGAUUUUUAAACAACUUUCUCUGGUGUCGCUACCUCGCCUGCAUGCUGCAAGAGGCACGAUCGCGCCGAGGGGUUGCGAUCAGCAGAUGUGCAAUAUGAGCCCGUUCUCGCGGACCCAGUGCCUUGCUUGAGCUUAGCACUCAAGUGCGUAGAUGAGCACACGGAUAACAAUUUUAGUCUUUUCAGAGCAGAGGUUCGUCUACGUUCUUGUCCAAUUCUCCCUCCACCAGUUGAUUGCCUUUUGGGAUUUGGACCUCUGUGGCGAUGUACGUCCAGCUGAUUCUCGUAGCGUCGCAUGAGAAAAGCACCGGCCGCAGGAGUUGAUUCCCACCGGACUCCACACCGGAGCGUUUCAGGCCCGAUCUACCGGAUUUCUCCGCCGGCUAUGGCGGAUAAGAGCGAGCAAGCGACGGAGGACGGAUCGUGGGACAAUUGUUGUGUCGCAGCCGAGGCUACAUGAGGUUGUCAGCGGGCCGCACGUCGACUCCACCUUCCCACCUCCUUCUGUUCAAAUCUGUGAAGAAACAAACUCUCCGCCAGGGGAGGGGGGCUGAUCUCCGCACACAGGACUAAACCGAGACGGAAAGCCGUGGAACACUUCAACAUAGCCGUCUUCUCCCCUCCCGUUCCCCGAGCGGUGGGGGGACGAUCAAAAGAAAUUCGGACUUGAAGGCGCAAAUAAGGAAAAACAUUUGCCCUCCGUGGAUCUAAAACUUUUUUUCAUUUCUAAAUUUGUCCUAAAAAUAUGGCCGAUAAUGUCCUGGACUCCGGCCCGCCUUCAGCCAAGAGGCCAAAGCUGGCCUCUCCAGCUCUCUCUGUGUCUGCAAGUGAUGGAAACGAUUUUGGCUCGCUCUUUGACCUUGAGCACGACCUACCGGAUGAGCUAAUCAGCUCCUCAGAUCUAGGGCUGACCAAUGGUGGGGACAUCAACCAACUCCAUACCAGUCUUGGAGGGAUUGGUAUGGGAGGCCAGGAUGCUGCAGCAAAACACAAACAGUUGUCUGAACUUCUACGGACUAGUGCACCAUCACAGCAGGGUGGCCCUACUUCCAACAGUACGGGACCUGGGGCUUCCAUGGGCAUGUUAGGAGCUGUCAACAUCUCCCCUGGCACACCUCAAGGAAUGCCCCCCCAGGCCCAACAGCAGCAACCUGGUCUAAUGCAGCAGGUUGGGAUGGUUGGAGGGGUGGCAUCGUUGAAUCGGGCCACUGCCAUGUUGGGUGCCCAGAGGGGCAGCAACGGACAGCAACAGCAAGGCUUGAUGGCGGGUCAUGUGAUGAACGGCUCAUCAAGAAUGGGUUACCCUGGCAGUGCCGGCAUGGGUAACAACAGUAAUCUUUUAGCCGAAACACUACAGCAACAGCAGGGUGGUCAGCAAAUGGGGUCCAGUGGCCAGCCAGGGAUCCGACCACAGCAGCCAGGAGCACUGAACAAGAUGAAUAUGAUUGCCAAUGCGGGCCCCUAUGGUGGUCCCUAUGGUCAGUCUGCUGGCCCUGGGAUGCCUGGAGCAGGGCUGAGCCCACAACUCCAGAAUAAGGCUGGAAUGCCCAACAAUAUGGCCAGCCAGUUUAACAUGGACAAGAAGGUGCCAGCGAGUCAAGGCAUUCCUGGAAUGACACCUCAGCAGCAGCAGCCUCCAGGAAUUGGCGGAGCAGCAGCAGUGGGAGCGGCUCAGGUUGGACUGGGUGCUGUAGGGGCAGGUCCCUGCACAGGGCCUCCUACAGCAGACCCGGAGAAGCGUAAGCUUAUUCAGCAGCAGCUGGUUCUCUUGCUCCACGCACAUAAGUGCCAGAGAAGAGAGCAGGCUAACGGGGAAGUAAGGCAGUGCAACCUGCCUCACUGUCGGACCAUGAAGAACGUACUUAACCACAUGACUCAUUGCCAGGCUGGCAAAUCUUGCCAGGUGGCGCAUUGUGCCUCAUCAAGACAGAUCAUCUCACAUUGGAAGAAUUGCACGCGACAUGAUUGUCCUGUAUGCCUGCCUUUGAAAAAUGCUGGAGACAAGAGGAACCAGCAAUCUCUUGUCAGCAGUGCAGGGCUUGGUUUGGUGAACUCUUUAGGUUCAGGAGUACCGGGUGGACAGUCUACUACUCCAAAUCUGAACCCGCCAAAUCAGAUUGACCCAAGCUCAAUUGAGAGGGCCUAUGCUGCGCUUGGUCUUACUUACCAGGGCAACCAGAUGCAGCCGCAGCCACCCCAGGCCAACAUGCAAAACCAGGGGAUGCAAGGGCAACCUGGAAUGAGGAAUCUGAAUGUCAUGGGUGGAAACUCAAUGGGAGUGAAUGGUGGUGUGCAGCCCCCUAACCAUCAGGCGUCCCUGCUACCAGACGCUAUGUUGCAAAACAGUAUGAAUGCGCAAAGUUUGAUGAAUGAUGGUGUGGGGAGCCUGGGAUCCCUACCUACUGCAGCUCCUCCUUCUGCAGCCAUGAGGAAGUCUUGGCAUGAAGACAUCACACAAGACCUGCGUAACCACCUUGUGCAUAAACUGGUUCAGGCCAUAUUUCCCACUCCUGACCCAGCUGCUCUGAAGGACCGGCGGAUGGAAAAUCUUGUGGCAUACGCUCGAAAAGUCGAGGGGGACAUGUAUGAGUCAGCCAAUAGUAGGGCGGAGUACUACCACCUUCUGGCAGAGAAGAUAUACAAAAUCCAAAAGGAACUUGAGGAGAAGAGGAGGACACGUCUCCAAAAGCAGGGAAUGAUGCCAGGGCAACCUGGCUUGGCCUCAUCCGGCUUUCCGCAGGGCCCUCUUGGCCUGGGUCAGCCACCCAUGGCCCCAGGACAACCUCCAAAUGGUCCUCAUGCUGAUCCGUCCAUGAUACGACCUGGAGGACCAAAUCAGAUGCCUAACAGGAUGCAGAGCCCAGGAGGAAUGAACCAGUUUGGCCAAAUGGGGAUGCAGUCAAUGGGUCAAAGGUCAACACCUCCUCUUCCACUCAGUGCUCCGAUGAACCAGAUGGGGAUCGGAUCAGCAAGGAUGGGUCAGCCAAAUGCCACGCAAUUACAGAAUCAGUACCAUUCACCAGGCCAGUUUCCUGGGUCUAGCCCUGGUCUUGGUUCUGGUCCUGUUGGUGUCAACCAGCCAGGAUCACAGGCUGCCGUGCCGCUGAACCAGAUGUCAACCCCGCCUUCGCUACCAGCCGGCAGCCCUUCAACCCAGUCUGCCACCCCUGCCCCGGGGUCUGCAGCCUCAGGUGGCUCCAUGGGGACUGGUGGUGUCUGUGGUUCAGGGCCUCUGCCAAACUUGCCUCCAUCCUCCACGCCAAACCAACCCAGCACAUUUCCUCACUGUCCACCUAUCCGAACAAACUCUCCCUCACCAGCACGCAGCUUAACGCCUCAACCUCAUCAGACUACUCCCACAUUACCUCGUUCUCAGACACCGCAGCCACAGACCCCGAGUACACCCCAGUUGCCUCCUCAGAAUCAACAGCAAGCGUCGCAGCCGCAGCAACUACAGGGGCAUCCGGGGAGCUCCGAGAAGGCGAAUCAGCUUCCGCAGCAGACCCUUGGGGGUGCUACUACCUCAGGCACCCAGGCCGGUCAGGCUUCAUCAGUGCCUAUACAGAAUGCACACGUGCCACUGCAGCUGCCACCCACCCCACAGCUAUCUCCUAAGCCACCUGUAACAGCAGACGGUCAGGUGUCAUCACCAGCCUCAGUCAGCAGCAGCACUGAUCCAAAUUCCCAGCUUGCCCCGCAGGAAGGCCCCGCACCUGUCGAAGAGGACAUCAAAAUGGAAGUGAAAAAACAGGAGGAAGAGGAGGAAGACAGCGAGGAACCUCAAGGGGAUGGCAAGUCUCUGGGGAAGACGGGAAAAGUUGAGCCUGACGUUAAAGCGGAGGAGAAGGUUGAGAUGAAGAAAGAGAACUUAACAGAAGAUGGGUGUAAAGCGGAGGCUAUGGAUACAUCGUCCUCCUCUGCGUCUUUGUCAGUGGAAACUGUGGACGACAAGAAGCCUGAGGUUAAAAAAGAGCCCAAAGAGCUAGAGGAGGCAUCAGCAGCCUCUCCAGCCAGCACUCUGAGCAAGAAGAAAAUCUUUAAGCCAGAGGAGCUGCGUCAAGCUCUGAUGCCCACCUUGGAGGCCUUGUACAGGCAGGACCCAGAGUCCCUUCCCUUCCGUCAGCCGGUGGACCCCCAGUUACUGGGAAUACCCGUACGUAUUCGAACUAGUAACAAAACUAACCUGGACUACUUUGACAUCGUGAAGAACCCCAUGGACCUGUCAACAAUCAAGCGGAAACUGGACACUGGGCAGUACCAAGAGCCUUGGCAGUAUGUGGAGGAUAUCUGGUUGAUGUUCAAUAAUGCCUGGCUGUACAACCGCAAAACAUCGCGCGUGUACAAGUAUUGCUCUAAGCUGGCUGAGGUGUUUGAGACGGAGAUCGAUCCUGUCAUGCAGGCUUUAGGAUAUUGCUGUGGAAGGAAGUUUGAGUUUUCACCCCAAACUCUAUGCUGCUAUGGAAAACAAUUAUGCACCAUCCAGCGUGAUGCUGCUUAUUUUAGCUACCAGAACAGUUCACCAAAAUAUGGGCUUCUUGCUGACAGGUACCACUUCUGUGAGAAGUGUUUCAACGAAAUCCAGGGCGAGAGCGUUUCCCUGGGUGACGACCCAUCCCAACCUCAGACGUCCAUCAACAAAGAUCAAUUCCAGCGAAAGAAGAAUGACACUCUUGACCCUGAGUUGCUUGUGGAAUGUACGGACUGUGGUCGUAAAAUGCACCAGAUCUGUGUCCUACAUAAUGAAACCAUUUGGCCCUCGGGCUUUGUGUGUAGCAACUGUCUCAAGAUGGCCAAUAAAACACGGAAAGAGAACAAAUAUGCAGCUAAAAGACUUCCCCAGACCAAGCUCGGAAGCUAUUUGGAGACACGAGUGAAUGACUACAUCAAACGGCAAAACCAUCCUGAGGCUGGCGAGGUCACCAUUCGUGUGGUCCAUGUAUCUGACAAAGUGGUUGAGGUCAAACCAGGGAUGAAGUCCAGGUUUGUGGACAGUGGCGAGAUGUCAGAAUCUUUCCCAUACAGGAUGAAAGCCUUGUUUGCUUUUGAGGACAUUGAUGGCGCAGAUGUGUGUUUUUUUGGAAUGCACGUUCAAGAGUACGGCUCUGACUGCCCCCCUCCCAACCAGAGACGAGUGUAUAUCUCUUACCUGGACAGCGUUCACUUCUUUAAACCUCGACACCUCAGGACCGCUGUCUAUCAUGAGAUCUUGCUUGGUUACCUGGAAUAUGCAAAGAGACUAGGGUUUACAACAGGUCAUAUCUGGGCGUGUCCUCCCAGUGAGGGCGAUGAUUACAUUUUCCACUGUCACCCUGCGGACCAGAAGAUCCCCAAGCCAAAAAGACUGCAAGAGUGGUAUAAGAGGAUGUUGGACAAGGCGGUCGCUGAGCGCAUUGUCCAUGACUACAAGGACAUCUUCAAACAGGCAACGGAGGACCGCCUGACCAGUGCAAAGGAGCUGCCAUACUUCGAGGGAGACUUUUGGCCCAACGUGCUAGAGGAGAGUAUCAAAGAGCUAGAGCAAGAAGAAGAGGAGAGGAAGAGGGAGGAGAACAGUACCUGCAAUGAGAGUACUGAUGCUACAAAAGGAGACAGCAAGAAUGCCAAAAAGAAGAACAAUAAAAAGACGAGCAAAAACAAGAGCAGCUUGAGCCGAGCCAACAAGAAGAAGCCGGGAAUGCCCAACGUCUCCAAUGACCUGUCCCAGAAACUGUACGCCACUAUGGAGAAACAUAAGGAGGUCUUCUUUGUCAUCCGACUCAUUGCUGGCCCCACUGCCAACUCAUUGCCACCCAUCACGGACCCUGACCCUCUGAUGGCCUGUGACCUGAUGGACGGCCGUGAUGCCUUCCUGACGUUGGCGAGGGACAAGCACCUUGAAUUCAGCUCUCUCAGGAGGUCCAUGUGGAGUUCUAUGUGUAUGUUGGUGGAGCUCCAUAACCAGAGCCAGGACCGUUUCGUCUACACAUGCAAUGAGUGUAAACACCAUGUGGAAACGCGCUUCCACUGCACUGUUUGUGAGGACUAUGACUUGUGCAUCACCUGCUAUAACAUCAAAGGCCACGAACACAAAAUGGACAAGUUGGGUCUCGGGCUGGAUGACGACAGCAAUAACCAGACGGCGGCAGCUACCCAGAGUCCGGGAGAUUCUCGCCGCCUGAGCAUUCAGAGAUGCAUCCAGUCGCUGGUCCACGCGUGCCAAUGCCGCAACGCCAACUGCUCUCUGCCAUCUUGCCAGAAGAUGAAGCGUGUUGUUCAGCACACCAAAAGCUGCAAACGCAAGACGAAUGGCGGCUGUCCCAUUUGCAAACAGCUCAUUGCUCUGUGCUGCUACCACGCCAAACACUGUCAGGAAAACAAAUGUCCCGUGCCGUUCUGUCUCAACAUAAAGCAAAAACUCCGGCAACAGCAACUCCAACACCGGCUCCAACAGGCGCAAAUGUUGAGGAGGAGGAUGGCCAGCAUGCAGAGGGUGGGGCAGCCAGCUGGGGGUCAACCAGGAGGACCCGUUAUGGGGCUUCCAUCACCAGGCACAAACGGCAUCACUGCGCCUAGUACGCCAACAUCUGUUGGAACUCAACCUCCGACUCCUCAGACGCCGACUCCGACAAUGGCUUCGGUCCCGCAGCAAGGAUUGGGCCCCGGAAUUCAACAAGCUCCUCCGCCGGGCUGCGUCCCCGUGCAAGGUGGCAAGCCUCUUCAGCAGCAACAGCUUCACCAUCAGUUCCAGCAGAUGACAGGUGGAGGAGGCAACACAGGGGGUGUGAUGAACUCCCCUCAACAUCAGCACCAGAUGCUCCCACAGGUGCAACAGCAACAGAGUGGACCUGCAAACAACCAUCAACAACUCCAUCAACACCAGAACAAUGCGCCCGCGUUCACCGGCAGGCCCCCUGGUUCCUCUCCGAUCCAUCAAUCCCAAGGGAAACCGAUCCUUGGCUCGGCGACGCCUCCUCGACAACAAGCCGGUUGCCCUGUUAUGGCUGGGAAUGUCGGGGGCCAACCCCCCAACCCUUCCCAAGGCCAGCCCACUCUUCUGCAGCAGCCGCCUUCCGGGCCUCCGCCAGCUGCGGUUGAGAUCGCAAUGAAGAUCCAGAGGGUCGCCGACGCCCAGAGGAAGAUGGCGUUGCAGAGACAAGCGGCUGCGGGCCUGAUGCCUCCCCACCCCCACCAUCAACAGGGCCAAGGUCAACAAAUGACCAUGGGACACCCGGGGACCGGCGGGACGGUCGGACCUCAGGGCAUGCCACCGCAAAACCAAGCUGUGAUGCAGUCUGCUCGGGUCCACGUGGAACAACAACAGAACGCUCCGGCCGGGAUAAUGGUUGGCACUGGCGGGCACGUGCUGCAACAUCAACAACAGCAAGGCAACAUGCCACAAGGCCAGAUCCCAUCUCAGGUUCAACUCCAACAGCAGAGGAUGGGCGCUCCACUUCAAAAUCCGCAACAGCAGUGGUCAGGCCAGGGGAUGCCACCCCAGCAGAGGCAGGCCAUGAUGAACCAAAUAGGUCAUCAAGCUAUGAUGGUAGCGCAGCAGCAGCAGCAGCAACAACAAGCUUCGAGUCAUCCUGCGAUGAUGAACAUGUCGCAACAGCCGCCACCGCCACAAGGUGCCACCCCUGGUGUACUUGGAGGUGCUGGCCCAGUUUCUGGCAUACCAGGAGCCGGUGUGGGUGGCAACAUCACACAGGCGGCCCUCCAGGAUCUUUUGCGCACUCUCCGCUCGCCCAGCUCGCCGCUCCAGCAGCAGCAAGUCCUCAACAUCCUGCGUUCCAACCCUCAACUAAUGGCUGCUUUUAUUAAACAAAGGGCCUCCAAGUACAAGGGGGGUCCCGGAGCCACCGGGGGGCCUGUUGGUAACGUCAUGGCGGGAGGGGGCCCGCAAAUGAACAUGAAUGCGGCAGGUGCGGGCCAGUCGGGGAUGCACAUGGGGGGUCAGGGUGGGGCGAACAUGCCUACAAUGGCUCAACUGCAGCAGGUACAGCAGCAACAGAUACAACAGCAGCAGCAAAUGCAACAACAGCAGCAUCAGUUGCAACAACAACAGCAGCAGUUGCAACAACAACAGAUGCAACAACAACAGCAGAGACCAGUCCUCGGUGGUUUACAACAGCAGCAGGUUGCAGCUCUCCAGCAGCAACAAGCUAGCGGAAGAGGUUUACAGGGCCAGGGACCCCAAAUGGCAAAUCUUAACAACCCCCAAUUUCGAGAACUACUCAUGAGGAGACGACAGCAGCAGCAGCAGCAACAACAACAACAACAACAAUCACAGCAACAACAACAUCAGCAGCAAAUGGGAGUUAAUCACAGUCAGUUCCAGCAACCGCAACCCCCGCAGGGUCAGGCUUACAUGGGCCAGACUGGGAUGCAGCCGCCAGUCGGGCAGGGCCCCCAAGGUGGCCCGCCCCUCGGUCCCCAGCAGUCGGGAGGUCCACCCGGCCAGCCGGGUCAGCCUUACCCGGCUUCAGCCCAGCAACAAGCCACGGCCGCGAUGCAGCAGAUGCUUCAGCACCAACACCACCUCCAGAUGCAGCAGCAGCAAAAUGCUAUGGCGGGCCUGCCGGGGGGCGAUUCAGGGCCCGGGGGCGGCGUAGGACCGCCGCAGCCACCUCAGGGUCCUCAAAACGGCCCCCCAUCUUCUCAGGCCCUCCUUCAGCAGGCCCUUCACCAGAGGCUUCUUCAACAACAGCAGCAACACCUCGCCACGGCGGGCUCUCCGGCUCAACACAGCAAUCCCAUGAGCCCCCAGCAGCCCCCCCAGAUGUCCCCGCACCCGCACCUACAGGGUCAGACGCUGCCCACGUCCCUGGCUAACCAGGUGCGCUCCCCUCAACCCUCACCUAGACCUCAGUCGCAACCGCCACACUCCAGCCCGUCGCCGCGCAUGCAGCCCCAGCCGUCCCCACACCACAUAUCCCCCCAGAUGCAGACGGGCUCCCCCCACCCGGCCCACUUGAACCAGCACCACCCCGGUAUGGUGGCCCCCCCUCCGCAGCAGCCUUCGUCCCAGCAACAGAACUCUUUGGAGCAAUUCGGCUCGGACCAGAGUGCCAUGUUAUCUCAGCUGAGUGGGAUGGCGGGUAUCCACGGGCAGGGGGGAAACAGUCAGGACCCACUGGGCCAGACCAUGAAUCACAACCCUUUAGACAUCAUGUAGGAAUUCUACUUCACGUGUCAUGUCGAGCUGGGAAAGAAAAAAAAAAAAAGCUCAGUUUCUUCGCACAAACUGCACUCAUCCAGGACAGUGUUAUCUAUCUUUAAUACUUAGCCUUUCUUUUUUUGAUACUAUAAUUAAAUGUUAUUUAAUUUUUUUUCAAUAAAGAUGCAUUGAACUGAACUUCCUAUGGGAGAUGAACAAUAAAUCAAGCAGUCAUUAAAUAAAUUAGAAUAAAUGAAUUGUAAGUUAUUGCCGUUUAAUAUAUUUUUUUGCCAAUUGUGGACAAAGGGGAAGAAGGGGUUCUGCUCACACCCUUGUCCGCGUCUUGCAGAAUUUAAGAUCACGAAAGGUGAUAUUUUUAUGGAAGCCUGUCAUUUUAAGUGCUCGCAAAUUUACUCUGGCUGCCAUUGACGACGAUAGACGUCCAAUCGUGCGGCUCUUAAAAACUAAACCUCUUAACUGAGUUUGCCACUAGUAGACGUCCAAUCUAUUUGAAGUGUGAUGCACCAACCCUCCCACUUCAAAUGGACUUGGACGCCUAACGCCAUCAACAGCAGUCAAUGAGAGGAAGUGGCAUAAUGCAAGUAACUUUUUUUUUUUUGUAAUUAUUUUUUAUUGGAUUGUUUCCUGCCACUCAGAUUUUAUUUUUUUCAGAGUGAAAAUUAUAUUACUGUAUCAUUAGUGUUGCACCGAUACGGCAUUUAAAUGACAUCGGGAUCGGCGAGUGCUAAGAAAAAAUGAACGUGUCGAUGAUCUGAAAUAUGUAUUUUUGAGAUCUAAUUUCCAAUGGCCGCCAUCUACGCACACUUGCCCAAGACAUGAUAGACAUUUAAUUAUGCGGUGUUCAAUCUAUUUGAAGUGAGAGGGUGGCAGCGAAUGAACGUUCGUUCAUUCGCUGCCACCCUCCCACUUCAAAUAGAUUGGACGCCCUGUGCCGUCAAUGAGUUAACAAUGUCUGACCAAGCUAUGAUAGCAAUUACUUAACAUUUGAGUAUGCAGGAAUUUAGUAUUAAAUAUGUACCUGUAACUAAUGCCUCCUAGCAUGCAUUGCAGCGCUAUAGAUGUAAAUAACAAUACAAUUUCAUGUUCUGUGCUAAUUAUUUAUUCAGUUACUGUUGUAGUUGUUUCAUGAAUUGCUAGGUAUGUUAUAUGGUAACACUUUAUUUGACAGCGGCGUCAUAAAACUGUCAUAAAACUUUUACUGAAUGCUUAUGACAGAUGUCAUUAAGUGUCAUUCGGUAAAUUAUGUUACUAACUCCUUUUAUGUCCAGGCAGAUCUUUUACAUCAAUUCAAAAGUGAGAUUAUUUGACGGAUAACGCUAAAUGAUGUCUGUUAUAAACAUUUGUUAAUGUUCGUGACAGUAUAAUGUCAUAAUGAUGAUGGUAUUAUAUGACACCACUGUCAAAUAAAGUGUUACCAAAUACCAUAACUAGGAAUUAUUGAAACAACUAGAACAGUAACUGGAGAAAUAAUUAGCAGAGGAGUUUAUUUACACCUGUAGCGCUGCAAUGCAUGUUAGGAGGCAUGUUGGAUGACAACAGUGUUGCCAACAGGUGGCAGCAGAGGUUAACUGUCUCUCCCCCAAGGAAGCAGUGAUGUUCAAAUGAAGCUUCCUGAAGCAAUGAAACUUUGCAGCCAAUAGGUUCAAAGCUUCAUGGUGGUGCAUUUGAUCUUAUGACAGUCAUAUGAUACCUUUCUCAAUUAUAUAGCAUUUGUGCGUAAUAUCUUUUGGUGUAAAUAUCCCAUAAUACAGUGCAGGCCGCUGGGGCUUAGUCCAGUGCAGCUUAUCUAUGAACAAAUGCCGUUUUCGUGUCAUAUUUGGUGGGUCGAGGCUUAUAGUCGGGUGCGUCUUAUAGUCCGAAAAUUACUAGUUUACUUGAAAUAAGUGAAAUCAUCUGCCAGUGCUUCAAGUAAAUUUGACUCAGAUUUCUUGAAUUAAGAAAAAUAGCUAGCUGAAAAAAGACAGCACUUAAUCCUUAAUCCUAAAAAAGCUUUGAAAUAUCAAAAAUGUUCAUAAUACAAGAAUAUAUAUUGUUCAAAACAUUAUUUGAAAGCAAAUUUUUUAAAUUACCAACUUUUAGAUGUAUGGUCUCAAUAAGAACAAAUUGUAAUAGUUUAUUCCACUUAAUUUAAAUAAAUGACUCAUCAGUUUGUUAACUAGUCUUUAAUACUCAAAACAAUACGGAGAAAAUUUUUUGACCAGAUUUAAGACAAAUUAUCUAAAUUAAGACUAUAAAUUUGCAGCGUAACCUCUGGGUACCUCACGAUACGAUUUGCGAUACAAAGCUCACGAUAACGAUUAUCUCGCUAUAUGGCGAUACCAUAGUUAUGGAUGCAUGGGUCAGGAGAUCAUUCUACAAUAUACAAUACAGUGGUACCACUACCUACGAAAUCAACUGGUUCUUGAAGUAGUUUCAUGACCUGAAAAUGUUGUAAGAGACCUGUUUUCCAUGUGAGUGCCCCCCCCCCACCACCACCACCACAUUCAGAUAUACCAUAAUUUUCGCAAUAUAAGGUGCACCUGACUAUAAUACGCCACACACCAAAUUUGGCACGAAAACGGCAUAGAUAAGCCACAAUUGUCCUCACUGUAUUAUGGGAUAUUAACACCAAAAGAUAUUAACCGGUACCACUUUAUUUGACAGCGACAUAAAACGACUGUCAUCAGACCAAAUGAACCAUUAUUGCUUCAAGUACCUUCAUUUGGUCAUCACUGCUCCCUUGGGGGAGACUGUCAACCUCUGCUGCUACCGCUGUUGUUGUCCAACAUGCCUCCUAGCAUGCAUUGCAGCGCUACAGAUGUAAAUAACAAUCAAAAUUCAUGUUCUGUGCUAAUUAUUUUCGUCAGUUACUGUUCCAGUUGUUUCAUUAAUUGCUAGUUAUGGUAUUUAGUUACACUUUAUUUGACGGUGGCGCCAUAAGACUGUCAUUAGACAAUCUUAAUUAUGACAUGACACUGUCAUAAGCAUUUAUGAAUGCUUAUAACAUGUCAUUUAGUGUUAUCAGGCAAUUAAUUAUCUCACUUUUGAAUGGAUGUAAAAAAUCCAAGCUGAACAUAAAUGGAGUUAGUCACAUAAUUUGCCAGAUGACAUUUAAUGACAUAAGCAUUCAGUAAUGCCCAUGAUAGUGUCAUGUUAUAAUUAUGACGGUCUUAUGACACCUAUAAAUAAAAUCAAAUAAAUCAACAAAUAAGACGCGCUGGACUAUAAACAGCAGCAUUCAAAAUGAAGGAAAAAUAGCGAAAAUUACAGUAACUCUUUCAUAAUGCAUUAAUAAAACGUUAGAUACAUUUUACAAUUACAUUAUUGCACAUUACACAUAAAAUUAGAGUUGUGCAAUAAAAAAAACAAGGAUAAAGAAUAAGAAUAUAGUUAAUACACUCAUGUAAAGCUGUCGGAACACGAGGGGUGAAUGAAGAGGACGCUGGGAUACACUCGUACACAUACAGUAGAGGUCCCUCUUAGCCAAUUGGAUACCAGGAAUGCUAGGCAACAGCCAAUGGCAGAGCAGCUAUAACUAUGUCAUGUUCAGUAAACUCUGGGAGCUGCGAGUACCAGCCAUACUGUACUUUUGCCUUUCAUAUCCUAAAAUUUCUUUCAUAACGAGGCAAUAUGUUCCCAUUGAGGCAUGCUGAAUCUGAAAAUUUUGUAAGUAGAGACAUUCAUAAGUAGAGGUACUACUGUUUGUUCAGUAAAUUCGGGGAGCUGCGAGUACAUGCCAUACUGUAUAUUUGCCUUUCAUAUCCUGAAAUUUCUUUCGUAACAAGACUCAAUAUGUUCCAGUUGAGGCGUGUCUUAACCUGAAAAUUCUGUAUGUUGAGACAUUCGUAAGUAGAAGUACCACUGUAUGUUAAGUUCAAGAAUUCUGGGAGCUGCGAGUACAUGCUAUACUGUAUUUUUUUCCCUUUCAUAUUCUGAAAUUUCUUGCGUAACAAGACUUAAUAUGUUCCAGUUGAGGCGUGUCUUAACCUGAAAAUUCUGUAUGUUGAGACAUUCGUUUGUAGAAGUACCACUGUAUGUUACGUUCAGUAAAUUCUGGGAGCUGCGAGUACAUGCCAUACUGUAUUUUUUCCUUUCAUAUCCUGAAAUUUCUUGCGUAACAAUAGGCGAUAUGUUCCAGUUGAGGCGUGUCUUAACCUGAAAAUUCUGUACGUGAGACAUUCUUAAGUAGAGGUACCACUGUAUGUUACGUUCAGUAAAUUCUGGGAGCUGCGAGUAGAUGCCAUACUGUAUUUUUGCCUUUCUUAUCCUGAAAUUUCUUACGUAACAAGAGGCAAUAGUUCCUGUUGAGGCGUUGCUUAAUCUGAAAUUUCUGUAUGUAGAGACGUUUGUAAGUAGAGGUACUAUUGUAUAUACAUAAAUUUUUGGUCACUUCUAGUUGAUUUUGGGGCAUUUCCCGAUCACUUCCUGUUUAUUUCGGGUUACUGGACAGGGAGUGACCUGGGAUUAUCCCCAAAAUUAAUAGGAAAUGACCUGUAAAUGCCCUAAAAUGAACAUGUAGUGACCUAUAAAUGCCACCAAAUCAGUCAAAAUUGAUUGGACAUCUAGCGCCGUCAAUGGCAGCUAAUGAGCUAACACAGGCACUAUUGUAGGGAUUUUUUUUUUUAUUACUGUAUACAGUGAAACCUUUUUAAAACAAUACAGUAUAUUGAUUCCUGGCAGGGGCAUAUCGAUAACCUUUUGGGAUAUAUUGUCACACCUCUAGGAACUGAUGCCAAAAAAAAAAACAACGUAUCGGUGCAACACUAAUUGUUAUUGUCAAUCCAAACAUGUUGCAUAUCUUCUUUUUAUGUUUGACUUCGCUUUAUUUAUUGUCUUCUUUUGGGUUGAGGGUUAAGUACCUUCAUACGGCGCUACGGUGAAAUAUAUUUUUGUUAUCGUUUGUUCCAAUGAAUUCUUUUGGCUCACUUUUUAUGUGUAGUUGUUUGUGUGUCCGGGCGGGAAAAAUUCAGAUGUCAGUGUUUUCGAGUCGGACACAUUGAGAUGUCCCAGCCAGCUUCUCUGAUGGACAUUCGCCACGCUGGAGGCGAAGCGUUCCCUCGCAAAACGUGCAGGCCCUCUCCCUCGAAUGUUUGUGCACUCCUUCCUUAAAAAGAAAAGAUUUAAAAAAAAAUAAAAUAAAAUGUCUUCUGGAGCAUGGGAGACUUGGGGAGGGGGGCUGCAUACCUGUGUGCCUGUAAUUUUCUUUUUGAGUACAUCGGCUGGGAUGUGAAACAUGAGCGUGAUGGGCUCCUUGUAUUGUUUCUGUUUUGUUUUGUUUUUAAAUUCUCCUGUUUGGACUGAAAGGAGAAUGUUGAUCCAAAUGAACUGUGUUGCACAGAAAUGAGGAGAAUGCAGGAGAUAUGAAGACUCAUUCUCCAUCUUUCUGCCUCGUCCCAGUUGCUGCUUCCCCUUGGACUUCUACCCCUCUUAUCUUUCUGCUUAGAACUUUGGGAGUUUAUUUAAUAUUUUUUACUGUACAAAGGAAAAACUGUGGACUCAAAAACUUUUUUUUUUUUAAAUAAUAAAAUGAAAAUGAACAUUAGUGAUGUGAGUAUUGUGUAUGACUAAGAAAUGGGGGUGGGAACCUCUUGGUACUUCACGAUAUGAUUUGCGAUACAAAGCUCACUGUAAGUGCCUAAAUAACGUUUGGAUAAUUAUUUGUUAAUUGUAAAUAAUUUAUUUAGGCCUACAAAACAAGUUAAUUGUUAUUUGGUUAAAUAAGACAGGAUUUUUAUUUGUUUAUUCAGGUUUGGUGGGACGGGCCUGUGACGUCAUGUCGUAUGAUACAGUGCCCUCCAUAAUUGGCACCCCUGAAAAAGAUGUGUUUUUUAGCUUCU